GCCUAUCAUAUUUUGGAUAUGCCGCUAUCACUUUUAGGUACCCCUCCUAUCAAAUUUUGAUAUCCCGCCAUCAAUUUUGGUGUCCAGCCCUAUGAAAUUUUGAUAUCCCGCCAUUUGACCUGUUAUACGAUUUCAAAGCUACCCUCUACGACCAGGCAAAGAUUUGAAAAUCACCGAUUGAAGACCCUAAUACUCCAAAACAACAUAAUGGAAACUUCACCAAUCAAAUACCCUAAUACUCUGAAACAACGUAAUCGAAACUUUACUGCCGCUAUAUUCACCAGAGCCACACUAUUAAGGGAUUCAUUAUUGGUUUUUUUCCUAUCUCUUCGUCUAUAAAUCUAAAAAGUAGUCAGUGAUGAUUAUGGAUCUGAGUUUGUUGUUCUAACACUUGCGAUUAUUUUGGGGCUUUUGACGGUUGUACCCAUAUUAUCGCCCCAUUGAGGAUGCUACUUUUGGGGUUGUUGACGAUUUUGCCCCCGGGUUUGGUGUAUGGCUUCUGCUGUGUUUGCUUUGCAUUGUUGGCGUGUUGCUGCAUUGGGGCUUUGAGUGUUUUGCACCUGACUGCCCUGCUUAUUGACUGAAAUGGUUCGUUCCUCUAUUUACCUGUAUGAGCCUUGUUUGCUUAUGUUGUAGUAUUGAUUUCUGGUUGUUGAUUUUUUGUUAUUUUGUAUUUUUCAUGCUUUCAUGGUGUGUUGUUGUCAAGGUUUAAGGCUUAGUUUUUCCUGUUGUUGGCUUUGUUAAUUUUUGGGUUUGCUUGGAGUCCUUGUAUUGGUUGUUGAAGCUGCUCAAAUUAGUUGAGAGAGGGGUUGCUAAAGAGUUUGCUGGAGAUUAAUAUUGAGAAUACAGCUGUCUAGUGGUCGGGUCUACUUUAUUGGCAAUUAACCUUUUAUGCAUGUUUGGGGCUUCUAUAAUUUUUUCAAUCUAAAGGGGAGCCUGGCAUUCAUGUUUGAAGUGCCUCAUCUUAAUGAGGAAUCACUGCAAGAAUAUGAUGAACUAGAGCUUUGUUAUAUGGAAACAGUCAACAACGCAGGAAAACAAAAGGAGUUUAGAGGAAUAGACCAUGGAGAUGAUCAAGCUGUAACCCUAAACCUUAACAAUAAACUGUCGCAAUUUCUUGAUGAUGAUUCCUCAUGGAGUUUGAAUUUGGACAAUACCUUUUUUCAUGUCAAGCUAAGAGUGUUUUGCUCUUUUGUAAGAUGGAAGUUCAUCUCUGGAAUCAAUUGGCAAUGAGAUUGAGAAGGCAACAUCAAGCAUUUCUGAUCUUGGGCAAUUGGUGGAGGUCAGCUAGUUUGUUGGUUUUCUAGUGAUAAUAUAUGUGUUGCAAAUUUUGUUUAGUAAGAUAAGGCUGUAUACAAAUAAGGUGCGAGACAUUAUUUUUCAUAGGUAAAAGUAUUAGAUUUUUGUUUUGGAAUAUAUAAAUGUAUUGGAUUUGAAUUAUUGUAGAUUUAUUUUUCAGAUUCAUAUUAUUAUAGAUGUAUUGGAUUUUUUAAUUUUUUCUUA